CUCACAUAUCUCUCACAUCAUUGCUGCAGCAUACCACACCAUCACACACAAAUGUCUCAAAAAGGCACUCUACUUUACAUCACAUAGACAGGUAUUGAGACUCAUCAGUUAUAAUGGCAACGAUACACACCUCCGUCCCGGAAGGUCUCAUCCCUCUCCUGGAAUUUCACCUCCCAAAUUCCCUCGUCCUCCUCCGCCGCCUCCAGUUCACCCGCUUCAAGGACGGCAUGCGCCCAACAGCCCGCAUCAUCCUAGCAUCAGACGCACCACUCUCUUCGACUACCUCACAAGGAGAAAAUGGCAUGGCCUCUGACGAACAGCCGCGCAACUUCUGCGCAGCAUACCUCGACUUCGGCAGUACCAAAGAAACCCAACUCUUCAUGUUCUCAACACUCGAAGACGCCCCCAACAAAACUUUCACGGAUGAGGACAAGGAAACAGCUGAAAACCAAAUCGCAGCAGUCCUCAAUGCUGUAACACAAGUAAGCAAACAACAACCAGACAACAGAACGCUCCCUGGUGCGUGCCUCGUCGGAACCCUCGCCACACCCACGCGGGACGCCAUGCUCCGGGCCGGCGUGCGCGUGACACCUCGCCAGGACUAUGAGUACGAGAAAUGGCUGUUCCGCGUCGAUGACAUUCCGGAUUUCGAGGGCCGUGUGACGCUGCCCGAGGGAGCUACGUGGGGUCCGGCUACGGAGAGGGAUUGUGAGAUUGUGAUUUCCAGGACGGACAUUCCGCGUCAAGUAAAGACGUUGAUGUCGUGGCCAAGUUUGUUUCUCAAACUAGAGGAUGGAACGCCUAUCGCAUGGUCAUUCCUCGGCACCGAUGCAUCGUUAUCAAGUCUCCACUGCGAGCCACCCUACCGACAGAGAGGCUACGCAAAGGCUCUGGCAUCGAAGUUGAUCAAGAGAGGUACGAGCGAGUACGGCGCCGAUGGUUGGGCGUCCGCCGACGUGGCGCCGUAUAAUACGGGGAGCAAGAAAAUGUGCCAGAGUCUCGGUGGGAGACAUACCUGGAACGUUUCGUGGUGAGUCGUUAUAUUUUCCGCGUAGUAACAAGGUUUAUCUAACAGUGAAGCGGCUAGGAAUGUCAUUCAUCUUCACGAGGUAUAGAUGAAGAUGUGAAAAACAUCAAUCUAGAAGUUUGCUUCAUAUUACCUAUUACAUAGUAGAUGUACAUAUCAGCAACCUUAUAAAUUGCAUUGAUGUAGUCAAAGAUUUACCUAGAC